AUGGAGAUUCGUGAGGUCAACUUCAACACGGCGGUGCCACGCGGCAAGUCCGGCAUACCGAUGGCGACUUACAUCAGCCCACCGCGGCCAAACAAGCAGAAGCACGCCACGCCGACCCCACCGCAACCGAGCGUCAUCCCAAGCGAACCUGAUACAUAUAUGUCGUCCUCGGCGUCCUACCCGUAUACGGCAACCGCAGACGCGAAGCGCAUGGCGGAGAUUGCGGAGGCGAACUACGCACAGUGCCCAUGUGCGACGUGUGCGCACUACCGCGCCUACUACGCCAUGCAGGUAGCGGGUUGUGUGCCACCUCCCACAACGGAAACGUACACGACGUCGGCAACGUACAUGCAGGAUGCGUAUGCCCAGCAACAACCACCACAACAGCUACCACAGCAGCAACAACGACCUGUGACCGCCACUUCGCGUCGCGCGGUAGCACCUGUGGUGACGGUAGGGCUACAGCGACAUGCUGGCCGUGCCGCAUCCCCCGCUGGCGACUACCACUACUACUACAACCACAACCCCCAGCAACAGCAGCCACAAGAGCAGCAGCCGUCAUCGAGGCUGUACGGCGAGCCCACGGUUUCUGCGCCUGUGGCUCCAGGUGUCAUGGUUCCCCUUGAUACCGCCGACGAGUUUGAACGCAAGUGUGUGGGGCGCGUCGCGGAGUUGGCAUGCACGGCGGAGGGCCGCUCAAUGCUUCUGGCGGCCAUGCACUCACAGGACGCCGCAGUGAUUGACACAAUGGUCCAGGAGAUCGCUGCCGAGGUGGAGACUGUUGCACUCGACACCCACGGCUGCCACGUGCUGCGCGCAUUGAAGGACUACAUGAGUGCAGAGCAGACGGCGUUGAUCGUUUCCUCAUUCACGGAGACGCUGGUGCUGAACUUGUGCACUGUCUCGCAGUACACACGCCGCAUCCUGCAGGCGCUGUUCGAGCGACCGCUGAUUGACCUGCAGCCGAUUGUGAAUGUUCUCUCAGCCAACGCGCAGUACCUUGCGGCGACGCAGCAGGGCUGCAUCUCACUGAUGCGCAUUUUUGAGCAGUGCGACGCGGAGCAGAAGACUCAGCUGGUGGCGCCGCUGGUUCCCCUCUUCGCCCACAUUGCACUCGACCCCUUUGGGAAUUACGUUGUGCAGUGCGCCAUCGAGCACAGCGGGAAGACGGUGGCGGCGCAGUACACCGUCUCCUGCUUCACGGGCGAACUGCUCAACAUGAGCUGCAACAAAUAUGCCAGCAACGUUGUGGAGAAGAUCAUCAAGGUGUGCGGUGACGUCCCUGCUGUGCGGCGGCUGCUGAUGGAUGAGCUCAUUUUCAACCCCGCAGCCCUGCUGCAGAUGGUGCAGGACAACUUUGGCAACUUUGUCGUGCAGUCCAUCAUCGAGAACACGGACAGUCCAAGCGAGCUCAAGCGCAUCUGCGACCGUCUGCGUCCUGCACUUCCGAGCAGUCCAUACGCGGCAAAGGUGGAGGCGAAAAUUCGCACCAAGCAUCCGUCCUCCCAGCAGCAGCAGCAGCAGCAGGCACCGCGCCAGGGCUCCACACGCCGGGCGGUGCAACAACAACAACAACAACAAAAGCAGCGGCAUGCGGCGGCCCCCACGGACGCCUAUUGGAUCCAAUAA